CUUUACGACACGGCGGAGGGAUUUGGACGCGCGGCGCGGGGAGGGUUUAAAGGAGGAAGGAAGCCAUUUUGGAGCUUCGAGUAAGAGAAACACACGGAUAGAUAACAAAAAAAAGAAACAUAAUUGUUAUAAUUAUAUUGAGUAAUAAACAAAGAGAAACGACGGAAACAUACGGACUACACGGCGACGAGGAAUCAGACGUGUCCGAGCCCGGGUAAAGGUAACCAGUCAGAUGGUGAACUACAAAGGGAAGGUUGGAUAUGAAGAUGGUGAAUUUGAGAGAUCUGUUGGUUAUGAGCACAGUGACCAGGGCUUUGUUAGUAGGUUGAAUUGAAGAAAGGAACUUUAUUCUUAGUUGUGGGCUUUUUUUAAUAAAGGAAAUUGAUUUUGUGCACCAGAGCAAGUGAUUUCACCGUUCAUAGACUUUAAGGACAAGCACUUGCUUGUGUUGCAAUAACAAAGACUCAUAUAUUGAGCAAGACUUUAUCUCUUCAUUUUGAAGAGUCAAAUAAACUUAUUACAGUCUCUGUACUGACUUUAAACCUUGUGAAGCUGAAAAGACACGCCUUCAAAGGGACAAUUUAAAAACGCAACAAAAUGAGCACCGCCAGAACAGAGAACCCUGUUUUAAUGGGUAUGUCCAGCCAGAAUGGGCAGCUAAGAGGCCCAUUGAAACCCAGUGCAGGGCCUGGAGGUGGGGGGACACAGACACAACAAAUAAACCAGCUGAAAAAUGCCAGCACAAUCAACAGUGGCAGUCAGCAGCAAGCACAGAGCAUGAGCAGCAUUAUAAAGCCUGGUGAUGACUGGAAGAAGACUUUAAAACUCCCUCCAAAAGACCUUAGAAUCAAGACUUCGGAUGUCACCUCCACAAAAGGAAAUGAGUUUGAAGAUUAUUGUUUAAAAAGAGAGCUGCUCAUGGGAAUAUUUGAAAUGGGAUGGGAAAAACCAUCUCCAAUACAGGAGGAGAGCAUUCCCAUUGCAUUGUCUGGUAGGGAUAUCUUGGCUAGAGCAAAAAAUGGAACUGGCAAGAGUGGCGCCUACCUCAUUCCCUUACUUGAACGGCUAGACCUAAAGAAGGACUGUAUACAAGCAAUGGUGAUUGUUCCUACUCGAGAACUGGCACUACAGGUCAGUCAGAUUUGCAUCCAGGUCAGCAAGCACAUGGGCGGGGCCAAAGUCAUGGCGACAACAGGGGGAACAAAUCUGCGGGAUGAUAUAAUGAGGCUUGAUGAUACAGUACAUGUAGUAAUAGCAACUCCUGGCAGGAUUCUGGAUCUCAUUAAGAAAGGUGUGGCUAAAGUAGACCAUAUCCAGAUGAUUGUGUUGGAUGAGGCAGACAAACUGCUGUCUCAGGAUUUCAUGCAAAUAAUGGAGGAUAUAAUUAUGACGCUACCUAAAAACAGACAGAUUCUUCUUUACUCAGCCACAUUUCCCCUAAGUGUUCAGAAGUUUAUGACUUUACAUUUGCAAAAACCCUAUGAGAUUAACCUGAUGGAAGAAUUGACGCUGAAAGGAGUAACGCAAUAUUAUGCCUAUGUGACAGAACGGCAGAAAGUUCACUGCCUCAACACACUGUUCUCAAGGCUCCAAAUCAACCAGUCCAUAAUUUUCUGCAACUCCUCCCAACGGGUUGAACUCCUGGCUAAGAAGAUAUCUCAGUUGGGUUAUUCAUGUUUUUAUAUCCAUGCAAAGAUGAGACAGGAGCACAGGAAUCGUGUUUUUCAUGAUUUCAGAAAUGGCUUGUGCCGAAAUCUUGUAUGCACUGAUCUGUUUACCCGUGGUAUUGAUAUCCAAGCUGUGAAUGUGGUGAUAAACUUUGACUUUCCAAAGCUGGCAGAGACAUACUUGCAUCGCAUAGGAAGAUCAGGUCGAUUUGGCCACCUUGGGCUUGCCAUAAACUUGAUCACUUAUGAUGACCGAUUCAACCUUAAAAGUAUUGAAGAACAGCUGGGAACAGAAAUCAAGCCCAUACCCAGCAGCAUAGACAAGAACUUAUAUGUGGCAGAAUAUCACAGUGAAUCUGGGGAAGACAAACCUUAACCUGCACGUUUUGUCACGGAGACCCUUUAAAGACAAGAAGAUGUUGUCCUUUCAUGCAUCAUUUAAGAGGGUUUCAUUCCCACAUGCCUUUUUACUUUAUAUUUAGAGCUUCCCUCCCCUUUUGGAACACUGACCAGCAUAUAUCAAACUUACGGCGUUGUCAUUUUCUCCUUCCCCCUGGUCUCCGGACAGUUCCCUACAAACCCCCGAAUGUUUGCACUGCGUUUUCACCUUUUUUUGUUGCACUUAAUUUCCCCCAUUUUUUGACAAUGUUUCUCAUGGGGAUGGGAAGCUUUACAGAAACCCUCUUGUCCAUUUUGUUUGGUUGGGCCUCACAAUUAGGUACAGCCUUCUCUGCUUCUAAACCAUUUUGCUUCCAGAUGACCCAGUAUUACUGCUUUAAGACAUUUCAGGAUCCUCUGGCAGCAACAGUCCCCCCUCCCCCAGUCUGCAUCCUUUUGUGGCGUGUUGGGAGUCUCACUGAAUUUUUUUCUUUUUUUUCGUAAGCAAACUUAUCUUUUACUUGUGCAAAGUGCCUUACGCUACGAGACCAUUCAAGAUCAUCUUCACAAUGCAGCCCAUGGGAUUAAAAAGCAUUAUUCUUAAUUCUUUUCCAACUUCUUCUACCCCCUCUAAAUUGAAACCUGCAGAUUUUACAGCUGCUCUUGUAUUAUAAAACUCUUCCAUAUGUAAUCUGGUUUUCCCCCCACCCCUUCAAUAUUUCCAGAAAAAGGAAGAAUAUUUAUAACUUCAGUUCCCCGAAUAUGUAAAUAUGGUGUACUUUAUUAAAACAAAAAAUGGUUCACAGCCAAUGUCAGAAAACCUUUUGGAAGACUUAAGUGUGAGUUGUUCCAGAAACCUUUUCCAUUUUGACCAAUUCAGAAUUUUUUCCCAUAUAAAAAGUAAAGGUUGGUUUAUGUUUUACUUUCAACGCCCCUUUUUCCCCAGCAAAAGCUCUUGUUUCAAUCAUAUUCCAAAGCCAUGCUCCCUCUUUUCUCACAGUACAUUGCAUGAGGGGUAGGGGGAAUGAUACUAGAAAAUAUGAUGUGUAUAAUUGUACAAAAAUGUAAAUAACUUUUUUUUUGUGGGAGGGCAGGUAAUUGUAUUUUUUUUUCUCCCUACUGAUGGUUUGUGAGGGAUUCUAGGUGGAUUAGCACUGUAGCGAAAACUGAGGGAGGCUCAGUUUGUAGCAACACUUUGGUGGUUUUUUUUUUUGGUUUUUCCCCUAUACAUUGAAUGGCACUGAAUGGAAUGGUUUGUGUGGCAAUUUAACGUUAAUCCAUUUUUUUCACCUAACUGAAGUGAUGAUCACUGGCUAUUUUGUAUCUUUUUUUGGGGAGGUGGUGAAGUCUUCACAACGCAAGCACAGUGUUCACUAGACUUUCAGUACUGCACACAUCUAUUAAUGUAAAAGGCCAAACCAUACCCCUAGCAUAAUUCUAGAGUUACUUUAUGCGUUGGCAUUACAAUACUCUUGAACAAAACUUUUCUGGGGUCAGUGAUAUGUUAAAGUUGAAAGCUAAGAAUGUGCAUUCAAAGUGUUGUUUUGAGCUGUGCCUCUCCCAAUAUGCUUGAUGCUUGGCCUUAUCUACAGGCAACAUGAGUGAGGAGCCAUCAUGUUCUGUUUUAUUGACCCCUUUCAAUUCCCAAAUCCCUAAUUUGCACCUGAAUUGUGUAAACGUAUAUGUGCACUGCGCAGCAAGGAUUUUACUUCCCAAAUCUAAAAUUGAAGGAUUUUUCUAAAAAUUACCCUAAAUAUCUAUUUACCUAGGUUAUACGUCCAGUUUUGUAUUGCGCUCAUGUCACUAGCAGCUUUGUGUAAGGGAUGUACUAUGGGUCCCACACUUCAGUAGUGAGAGCACAAAAUUUGGCAUAGAUUCAUUUUAUUGGGAUACAUUUAUUAAAAUUGAUUUUGCUCUGCUACUGAACUGCUUUACCCUAUAUAAUUGGGAUUAUGGUGCAAUACAUGAUCCCUGUUCUUUUAUACAGUGCACAAACCAAUGUGAUCCUGCACCACUGCUCCUUUGUUCAUGCCGCAACUAUUUUGUUGCCGAGCAGUGAUCUGCUGGUGCUAAAGCUGUGAUCCUUGCACAUUUUUUUUUUUUUAAAAAUAGCCUCAACACUUUCUGCCAGAUACAUCUUGCAGGAAGUUGUGAGGCUGAGCACUAUAGAAAUACAUCGGCAACCUUUCAGAAAAGACUGCCUUGGUGCUGUGCAAAUAUUCUGUUAGAUUGAUAAAGCCAAAGGGAAAGAUGCUCUUGAAUACGUUAUUUGAAUAAUUUUGCCCCUGCUGUAGUUGUAACUUAUUUGGUUUGGUGUGUCCAAAUGAAACACGCAAAUCUUUACAAUUAUUCUGUUGAGUAGUUUUAAGUAACUUCAUGAUUUUUUUUUUUUUCAAGCUGGAAUGGCUGACUAUGUCCUGUAGCACCUUCUCAGGCCUUCUGUUGGCUUAUUUUCCAUGCUAUGAUGUCCUCAAUGCAAAGAGUUUUGGGUCGGGUAACCAAAUUUUAGGUUGGGGUAAGGAUUCUUUUUUUUUUUUUAUUUAUUUUAAAUCCAGAGUGAGAUGGGAGCAUCUUUCCUUGGCAUAAUUUAGAAUUUGAGUGAACAUGCCCUGUAGGUAUAUCUAAAUAGGUUUCCCUUUAUUACAGGGCACCAAAACACUGUAUUACUGUUCAGUGUUACAGGAUGAAAGAUACUUGUAAUACCUCUUACACUGAACAGGUUGGACAUCUCAUUCUGAGUUUAUUUUAUGGGUUGGGAGGGUUAUGAUCUGCAAAAAUAAAGCAUAUUGGGGCAGUGUAAAAGUGCAUUAUCCCAGCAGAAAAUACACUUAAGUUUAUGGUUUUAGUUUGAAUAAGAAUUGCUAACAAUCCAUUGCUAACCUCAAUGAGUUGUUUUGGGCAAUUGACAUUUGGACAGUUUUGUUUGUUUUUUUCCUUCCUAUCUGUUUCAAGCUCUUAAAGGAGGAAAGUGAAAUUCUUCAUUACUUAUUUUAGGAGAGGCAACUGGAUUGUUCCUAAAAUGUUUUAUUGCAGAUCUUAGGGUAAGGGUUGCUGAGGCAUUGUGCCUUUCCUCUGAUUGGGUGGGGGGUGGAGGCAAAUACAGAUGAUCUACUCUUUGGCUGACAAUUACUAUGCUGAAUUGCAGAGCAAUUCCUCUAGUUUUUGCCAUUUAAAGGGUAAACUCCUCUGGCACAUUGAUUUGUUUAACCUUUAAUUGCCAGUUCCGGUGUCUUUAGCCGUCAUCAAACUAUGUGAAGACUAAUUUCUGCCAUUUUCUAUUCAACAUCUGGCAAAAGGAACAGCUUAGUUGCAGCCACCAUAAUUCUGAAGUUUUGUUUUGGUUGCGGGCAUUUAUAUUGGGAGAAUAAGUGUUUAAUGUUCAGUGCCAGGGUGGGGUAACUAAGCUGCUGUCAAAAGUACUAAUUGGCUUACAUUGAAAUUCAAGAAAAUGGCCUAGUGGGUAUUUUUUUUUUUUUUUUUUCCAAACAUAACCCAAUUCUGUAUUGUUGGUGGUUGUUAAACCAAUAAGAGAGUAAGAUGAAUGGUACAAUCUGGAAUUGUUUUUUUUUCUCCCUGUUUAAAAUAUCAAUAAAAACCCACUGGAAAUUA